AUGUCGCGGAAUAGGAAAGAUGUGGUGACUCUGUUCGACGUGUUUUGUGAAGUUGGUGCAACAUUGGAUGGUGGAGUAGCUGUUAUUCUUCAGAAGUAUCCUGAUGAUUUCAAUCAUGAACAAACACUGAAAUCUGUAGCUCAGUUUAGCUUUCCUUGUGGCGUUGACGACUAUAACAUGGAAACGGUACAGCUGUUUUCAUUUGUCUUAACAGAUGAAAAAUCACAAUAUACGUAUGCUUUUUGUCGACUUAUGCCACACAAUAAUACAUGUAUUUGUAUUCUCAGCGGUCUUCCAUGGACCAAUGUUUUCUACAAAAUUCUUAAUCACAUAUCAGCAGUGAUGAACAACAGGCCGACAAAUGAAUUGGAUUCUUUCCUGACGUGUGCUUACCAUACGCCUAUUCUUGGUCCAGGCGAGAGUUUGCUUAUCGAAUCUAGUCCUGGUGUAAAUAAAUUACAAGUAACUGUACCAGAUAUUAGCAGAUUACCCACUUUGAAAGAAAAUAAAUCCAUGCUUGAAUUUUACAAUGCCAUAUCUGAAAAGCAAAUGAUUGCACUGUAUGCAAGCUUAUUAAAGGAACGACGUAUUUUAUUUACGAGUCAGAAAUUAGGUCAACUUUCAUCGUGUAUAUUUGCUGCUGCUACAUUACUUUAUCCAAUGCACUGGCAGAAUCUUUUCAUUCCUGUUCUUCCUAUUGGUUUGAUUGAUAUGCUUAUGGCGCCAAUGCCAUAUCUUAUAGGCGUGCCCAAGAAAAUUCUGCAGUCUGUGAAACAGCUUGAGCUUGGCGAUGUGAUGGUCAUCGAUUUAGAGGAGCGUACACUACAAUGUACUCAUAACGAUAUGCUAGAUUUACCGGCUGAAGCAUUAAGUAUCCUUCGACAUCAUUUACACUCAUCCUCCAACAUGUUCUUUUCUGAUAGAUUAGCUCGUUCUUUUCUCAGGACAAAUGUUUUUCUUUUCGGUGGUUACCAUAAAGGAUUAUCAUGCUCGUCGUAUUCUUUUUCAUGGGAUCGCCAAAAAUUCAUACAGAAUCAGAAGCCCAAUCUUCAGACUUAUUUGCAGUCCUUGCUUGGGCAAGAUGGUGUGCAGUAUCUUGAACGGUUCAUCGAUGAAAGGAUUGCAGCGCUGAACUCUGGAACACCAAUUGAUGAUGAAUUUGAAAAAGAGAUUCGUGUUAAUGAAAUGAAAUCGUUGAAAGCAUCACAUAUGGUUCGAGAAAAUGCAAAUGAUGUGAUUGGUUUAUUGAAAGAUAAAGUUCAUUCUAUUGCCUUAAAAGAACGCUUGGGCCGUUUAACCCCAAAAGAAAUUCGACGGGUUUCUUCGAGAAAACCACAUUAUAAUGAUGGAAUGCUUUCAUUCGACACACAGCAGUGGAUGACCGAGGAUAAGAUGGAGUCUGGUGGUGAGACCACGUCAUCAGUGCUUGAAGAGACAACGGAUCUGAUCGAUCUCAGUGAUAACUUAUUACCAUUAACAUCGAAUGAUAAAACUGAUGACUUACAACGACCAUCUUGUACUUCAAGAGCAGCGACUGCAAGCCCAGCAAAACUUGCAGAUAUUCCUCCACACCACCUUUCACUACAGUUCCUGAAUUCCGAUCCAUUUGCAUCUAUACCAUCAGUCACUUCUUCACCACCGAGUCCGGUUAAUUUAAGUGUUCCCAAAAACUGUUGGCAACGUUUUGAUUAA